AUGGAACAAAGAAAGUUUUUCAUUGCACCUCGCAUGUGCUUCCACUACACUGGUCAUAGUUGGUUAAAUCAUCGUCAGGGACGAAUGACUCAUUAUGCUGAUAGUAUUUCGCUCUGCAUUGAGAUGAUAGGUGCAGAGAAUUUCAACAAACUUGAUCAUCUACAACAACUGCUUUUGGAAGAAAUGUGUAGUCACAUUCGUAGAAGGCUUGCAGCUCUUUCCAUACAAUAUUCGUUGAAACACACAGUACCUCGUUUGGAUGAUUUCGAUGUUGAAUUUUUAUUAAGAAAAUCAGUAACUUAUGCGCAGUACCGUGCAUUCAUGCGCGCAAUCUUUGGUUAUCUGUUACCACUCGGAUUAAUUGGGAAAUACAAUAUGAAACUUGCUGUCGAUCGUAUUUCAUCUACUCUUUUUGGGCUCGGGUUCGAUGAAAGUAUAAGAUUAAGUGAACUUUUUUCUUUCCCAUUCAAAACCUCAGCUUUAAAAUGGUCAAGACAUUUACCAUCAUACGAUUUAUGCUGCAUACAUCGGAAAUUCAUGCUUUGGUUGCUAAACUUUUCUGUUCAUAUCACUAGAGCUGCAUUUUAUGUAACACCCGAGAAUAGGACGAGAAUAUUGCGUUUUUAUCGAAAAGAUAUAUGGAAACGCAUCGAAAUUCACAGUUUCCAUUUACUGUUUGAGAAAAGGGAUUUGAAGAAAAUUAAAGGAGUGAUGAAAAGUACGGUUGAAGCACAGGUUCGGUUUCUACCGAAAAAUUCAGGUACACGAUCAUUAAUCGUGCCCACAGGAAAGAACUUUUUGAGACGGUAUUCAGUGAUCGCAUUGAAAAUAGUCUCUGUAGUUAUUGAUUUAGUAUGUGCAAAGCAGCGCAAAUAUUCCAGGGAACUUCCGCUUACUGGAGCUGCUGUUUGGAACGGUAUUGGUGUAUUUCCCAAACGUUUUCGACGUUUUAUGCAAAUGAAUGAAUCGGCGAGAAUUUAUGCGGUGAAAACAGAUGUUCGAGACUGUUUCGAUUGUAUCAAUCAAAAUAUCUUGCGCUCUGUACUAAGGAAACAUAUCUUGUUAACGAAACAUUUUCGAUUAAGUGCAAAUCUGAUUGGGAUGAGUUUUCUGAUUUCCGCUCGAAGUUGUGGUUUCGGAUGUGGAAUUGAUGACCAUAAUUGCAACCUUCUCGAACUUUGUGUAACGGGUGAGACGGUCAUGUGGUUUCUUGAAACUUAUGUCAUCAAUAAAGAAUUUCAAUAUCGCAACGGUGUGUAUCGUGCUUUUCGUGGUAUACCACAGGGUAACCAUGCUUCAACACGUUUGUGCGAUCUUUACCUGGGUGCAGCAGAUUGCGAAAGGUAUUUUGAACUGAUGAAACGACGCGAUACUUUACUCAUCCGUUAUGUAGAUGAUUAUCUGUUACUUACAGCUGAUAGGAAUAUUGCAUGGAAGUUUCUGGAAGUGAUGCAUCUCGGAGCAGAUGACAAUUAUAACAUUAUUGCUGAUUCUACGAAGACAGUAAUUAAUUUUUAUUGCGAACGCAAUGAGCUGCUUAUUUCUGGCAAAAUGGUCGGUCCAUGUAGCGCAGUACCGUGGUGCGGCUAUAUAAUUUAUCCGGGUUUAAGAAGGUAUUGCAUCGACUGGGCGAAAAUACAUUCUGAAAAAGCAAUUUCAUGUCGAAUUGUGCACAAGAUGGGUUCACGCAAGAAAAGGAUUGCGGUUUUGAGAUUUUUAAAGGCAUCGCUUCUUGAAAAGUACAAAAUGAUCCAUCGUUUUCCUUCUGGCAAGUGGAAGAUUAGUGUUUUAAAGAAGUUUGCUGCCAUUGGUACAAAAUUAUAUGCUCGUCCUUAUGCCAGAAAAGUCCGUCUUUCCGUAAAGGGACGUUGGAAUCACGUAUUUUGGCAGAAAUUACGUGCUUGGCUUCGACAAGGAUUUACAUAUUCAUAUAAUACAAAAUUGGCCCAUUUGUACGGAUGA